GAUUUGCUCAAGGACCACGCAUUGUAUUUGGCGGUAGACUUCAAGUUUAACCCCUAACAUUUGGGGAUUCUGAGACGAUCUACGCAGCAGAGGUCAACGUCAACAUCUUCCAACCGUCUAAAAAACCGGAAACGCUGCCAAGUCUAGGCAAGGAGCGGGCGCGGAGUUAUAUGGGAAAUGUAGUCUUGUACCGAACCGGCUCGCCGCGCAGCACCCCGGGAACGGGUUUUCUGUGCUCCAUCUGCGGAUGUACAGCCUUAGUCCCGCCCCUCGGCUUCCGCUGUCUGGGCGGCUGUGUGGAGAGGGUCGGGCAGCUCUCCAUUGCUGGGGUAGUGCCGAGGGGUCGUACCUCAGAUGCUGUGCUGCUCUUACACGUGUCAGCUCCUACACGUGACAUUUUUGACUUAUCCUGACCUCACAGAAUCCCACAAUGAUGGGUCACGAAGGGCUUCCAUGGUCAUCUACUUCUGACUCUUGAAAGCUUUAAAGAAAUUGGACCUGAGCAGUUCAGUGACUUGUCAAGGCACACCCAGUGUGUGACAGAACCAGGAGGAAAACACAGUGCAGUGCACUCCGUCACAGGUGGUGCUGCCUCUGCCUGGUCCUCCCCAGGCCUCCCAGCUGAACCAUCACAGUUCUCUACACUGCCAGGAGCAGCAGAAUGGACACAUCUCAGAUAUAUUUGGUGAAACUUGUGGAAUUUCCUGAGCCAUAGGAGCAACGGGAACAUCGUUUGUUACAGUAUUUGGUCUCUUGUUCUCAGUUCCUGAAAUCUCCUCAGAGCCGCAAAAGUCUUGUUUAUGUUAAUGAAGGUGGCUUUUGGGCCCCACCCAAGGAGGGGCGCUGGUUGCCAGGAGAAGCAGCUGUGUGAUCAGAGGAUUGGAACUUUCAGUCCCAACCCUGAUUUCUAGAGAGAGGAGGGGGCUUGAAGUUGAAUCUAUUGCCAAUGAGCAGUGACUCAGUGGAUCAUGACUAUGUAAUGAAGCCUCCAUAAAAACCCAAGAGGACAGCUCUUUGGCCCUUGUGUUUGGAGAGAGCUACGUGCCACCCUGCUGGGCCCCAUGCUCCAUGAGGACAGAAGCUGUUCGAGACCUUGCCCUUAUGUAUCUUUUCAUCUGGCUUUUGAUUUGUAUCCUUCAGUAUCCUUUGUAAUAAAUCAGUAGUCUAGUGAGUAAAUGGGUUUUCUCGAGUUCAGUGAACCAUUCUAGUAGGUUAAUUGAACCACAGGAGAGGGUCAUGGGAACCUGUCAUUUAUAGCCUGUUGGUCAGAAGUGCAGGUAACAACCUGGACUUGUGAUUGGCAUCCUGAGUUGGAGGGGGUUGUUGGAACCCCCAGUUUGUAGCCUGUUGGUCGGAAGCACAGGGCUUGCAGCUAGCAUCUGAGGUGGAGAGUGGUCUUGUGGGACUGAGUCCUUUACCUGUGGAAUCUGGGUCUCUCUCCAGGUAAGUAGCAUCAGAAUUGAGCUGAAUUAUUAGACACCCCGCUGGCUGGCGUCUGAGAACUGCUCACUGAUGUGGGGAAGCCUCCACACUCACGUUGCAAUGGGUCCGGGAACACUUAGUAUGUAUCUGUUGAAAUAGAGACAUGGCUUAUUUCCUUUAAUCUAUAAAUAUUGUGAGUAGCAUAAUGAAUUUUCUGAUAUUAAUUUAUUGUUGAUUUUCUGUAUAUACCCUGCUUGCUGAUGAGUUGCUUUGUAUAUAUGUUGACUGGGGUCUUUCUGCUAGUACUUAUUUAUUUCUAUAUCACAAUUAUGUGAGCCUGUAAUUUCCUUUUCCUGUGUUCCUAUCCAAUUUUGGUUUUUGGUUUUAACCUCACAAAAAGAAUGGGACACAUUCCUGCUCCUUUUUUCUUUGCUUAACGUUUUUCUCCCUGUAAUUUAUAUAGGAAAAAUUACCUGUUAUUUGUGGGGGGAUUUUUGUGUGAAGAUUUGAGCGUCAAAUCAGUAGAUCUCUGCUGUGUUUUUCUCUCACCAUGUGUCUUUCAAAGAACAUAAGUACUUAAUUGAUCAAGUUUUCAAAGUUUUUAAUCUUUUUCUUUUGCUAGUUAUGCUUUUUUGGUCGUAUGUAAAAAAAUCUUCCUCUAAACCAAGGUCACAAAGAUUUCCUUUCAUAUUUUUAUGUUUUAUAAUUACAGGUCUGUCAUCAUUUUGAGUUAAUUUCUUAUUUGUGGUAUGAGUUAUAGAUCAAGAUUGUUUAUUUAAUUUUGCUUGUGUAUGUCUGAUAGUUCCAACAACAUUUGUAGGAAAGAACAUACCUUCUCCACUGAACUGCAUUGGCACCUCUGCUGGGAACUAUUUGACUUUGUGUUGUUUGUAGUUGUUUCUGGAGUCAGUAUUCUCUUCUGUUGAUCUAUGUCAGUCCUUUUGCUAAUACCAUACUGCCUUGCUUACUGUUCCUUUAAAAUAAAUAUUGAAAUCAGUAAUGUGAAUCUCCAAACCUUGUUCUUUUUCCAUAAUUGUGUUGGAUAUUCUAAGUCCUUUCCCUCUUCAUAUAAGUUUUAGAAUCCACUUUUCUGUCUUCAGAUUGAGCUCUGAUUUUGUGUGUGAUCGCAAUGACUCUGUACAUCAAUUUUAGACCUCCUUUUUGUGUUCCAAAAUCAUGCAACCAGCAGUGAAGUGUAUAGUUCCAUGUGUAUGUUCACAGAUACUUUGAAUGCAAAUGAAGAACGUUUGCCCGUUACCUUACUUUUGUUCUUCUAAUCUCGGUGUGUGGCUGAGUUAGAAAACCCAGUAGUCUUCCUUCCUGUAUGUCUCCUUUACUGUUCAUGCAGAAUACUUCUGACACUUCUGAUCACCAAAAGUGUGGGUUUUUGCCCCCACCAAGCAAUUCUCUGCAACACCAGCUAGGUGUCCUACAAUUUAGCUCAAUUCUGACACCAUCUACCUGGAGAUAGCAUCAGAUCCCAUAGGUUAAGGGCUCAGACUCACGAUACUGCUCCUACUCCACUUCAGAUGCCAGUUGCAAGUCCAAGUUGUCCUGUGAUUCUGACAUAUAAAUCUUUUUAUGACUGUAAAUCUAAGGUUCCCAUGACUCCCUCCUUGGGUUCGAUUAAUUGUUAGAGCGGCUCACAGAGCUCAGGGAAACACUUAAGUUUACCAGUUUAGUAAAGGAUAUGAUACAGGAUACAGAUGGACAACCAGAUGAAGAGAUAUAUAGAGAGAGGUCUGGGAGGGUCCCAAGUGCAGGACUUCUGUCCCCAUGGAGUUGGGUGCAUUGCCCACCUGAUAGACAGUUGUGUUCACCAACCUGGAAGCUCUUCAAAUCCCGUACUUUUGGGAUUUUUAUGAAGGAUUCAUCACAUGGGCAUGAUCAGUGAUUAACUCUAUUUCAGACUCCUCUCUCCUCUCUAGAAAAGCCAGGGCAGGGCUAAAAAUUCCAAGCUUCUAAUUAUGGCUUGGUAUUUUGGUGACCAGCCCCCAUUCAGGAGCCUAUCAGAAUUGGCUCACUAGAACAGAAGAGGCAGUUAGUGCUCUUAUCACUUAGGAAUUUACAAGGGUUUUAGGAGCUCUAGUCAGGAACUAGGGGCAGAGACCUAUGUGUAUAUAUAUAUGUGUAUAUAUAGAUAUAUAUAUAUUUUUUCUAUUAUCUCACAGUGGCAUCACUAUUUACCCAGUUGCUCAUGCAGCUUCUCUCGAUACAGCUGUACAAAAAAAUAAUGAUUGAAAUUUUGUUCCUUUCUCUUAUAAGGGAUCAGUUUCCCGUUCUUCAUCCCCAUUGCUUUACUUUAAUGUAGGUUGUCUCAUUUUUUUCUUUUUUUGAUUCAGUUUAUUUAAACUAAAAAUACCCAAAAUAGUUCACCCAUUCCUCCCUGCCACCUUGCCUCUGGUAGCCACCAAUCCGUUCUCUAUCUCUAUAAGCUUAGUUUUUUUUGUUUUAGAUUCCACAUAUAAGAGAGAUCAUACAAUAUUUGUCUUUCUCUGUCUGACUGACUUCAGUUGGCACAGGGUCCUCGAGGUCCUUAAAUUGGUCUCUUCUGUUUUGCUGCAUAAGACUUCCUCCGCUCUUCUUCCAGAGCAUUGCUUCUGAAAGACAAGUCUGAUCAUGUGUACUGCCUCCAGGGUUUACAGAUAUCUCUUCAUUGAUUCCCCCUUGUCCCAGCAGAGAACUCCAAAUGGGUGUAUGUACCCUAGAAAGCGUUCAGAACAGUCCAUUGGAGUACAGGCAUUAGUGUCAUUCAAGGAUGUGACUGUGGAGUUCAACCAGGAGGAGUGGCGGCACCUGGGCCCUGCUCAGAGGGCCCUGUACAGAGAUGUGAUGCUGGAGAACUACAGCCACCUCGUCUCCGUGGGGUAUUGCUUUAUAAAACCAGAAGUGAUUUUCAAGUUGGAGCAAGGAGAAGACCCAUGGUUAUUAGAGGACGAAUUUCCAAACAGGAGUUAUCAAGAAGACCGUCGACUUGAUCUUUUAGAGAAGAGCCAGGAAAACCAAGACAAAGAUUUCUGUCAAGUUUUAUUCAGCAACAACAAAACAUUGACUACACAGCAAGAGAAAGUUUCAGAAAGACCAUUUAAUCUGGGCACAGACAUUUUUCCUUCAAGAAAAAUACCUUGUAAAUGUGACACUGUGGGGCCUACAUACUUGAAUCUUUACCCAUUGGCACCACAUAAUUACUCAAAAAAGAAGGCUGAUGAGUUUAAUGCAUCUCAUUUCAAUACUAGAAAUGAGAGAACCAGUAUUGGAGAGAGAUCUUUUGAUUACAGUCAAAAUUUGCAAGGUUUUAGUUAUGUUGAGGAACUUACUCAACAUCACACUUUUCAGACUUUGGGGCAAUCGUUUGAAUAUAAUGAACAUGGUAAUGCUUUCCAUGGCAAGGCUGCUUUCAUUACAUGUAAGAGUGCCCACACAAAGGCAAGAUCUUACUAUAAAUUUGGAAAAAACCCAUGUGAUAAAUCAGCGUUUAUUGUCUCCCCCAGUAUUCACACAGAGAAGAAUCACUCUGAAUUUAUUGAAGAUGAAUGUAGUAAAAUUGGAAACAAUUUCAAUAGGGUUACUCAACUUCAGAGAACUGAUACAGGAGAGAAAACUUUUGGUCAAAAAGCACAUUUCAGAGAGUAUCAGAGAACUCACACAGGCGUGAAACCCCUUGAAUAUGGAAAAAACGUCAGCCACAAUUCAGCCAUUAUAAUACAACAGAGAACUCACACACAAGAGACAUCUUGUGAUAACACAUGUAGAGGAACUUUCAGUUCUCAGUCAGCCUUCAGUACCGAUCAGAAAACUCAUGAAAGAGAAAAGCACUAUGAAUGUAAUGACUGUCAAAAAUGCUUCUCCAGGAGAGCAUCCCUCAUUAUACAUCAAAGAACUCACACAACUGAGAAAACCUAUGAAUGUAAUGAAUGUGGGACAGCUUUUCCCUGGAAAUCAUCUCUAACCAUCCAUCAGAAAACACACGUGAAGAAGAAACCCUAUGAAUGCAGUGAGUGUGGUAAGACUUUCAGGCAGAAGUCAAGCCUUGGAGUGCAUCAGAAAAAUCACACAGGGGAGAAACCCUAUGAAUGUAAUGAAUGUGGGAGAGGCUUCACUUACAUGUCACAUCUCAGAGCACAUCGGAGAAUUCACACAGGCGAGAAACCCUAUGAAUGUAAUGAAUGUGGGAGAGCUUUCACCUACAUGUCACACCUCAGAGGACAUCAGAGAAGUCACACAGGUGAGAAACCCUAUGAAUGUAGUGAAUGUGGGAGAGCUUUCACCUACAUGUCACACCUCAGAGGACAUCAGAGAAUUCACACAGGGGAGAAACCCUAUGAAUGUAAUGAGUGUGGUAAAACUUUCAGCCAGAAGUCAAGCCUUGGAAUACAUCAGAGAAGUCACACAGGCGAGAAACCCUAUGAAUGUAAUGAAUGUGGGCGAGCUUUCACGUACAUGUCACACCUCAGAGGACAUCAGAGAAUUCACACAGGCGAGAAACCCUAUGAAUGUCUUGAAUGUGGGAAAACUUUCCUCUGGAAGUCAAUCUUGAGAAUACAUUGGAGAAGUCACACAGGGGAGAAGCCUUAUGAAUGUAAUGAAUGUGGGAGAGCUUUCACCUACAUAUCACACCUUAGAAUACAUCAGAGAAGUCACACAGGCGAGAAACCCUAUGAAUGUAAUGAAUGUGGGAAAACUUUCAGCCAGAAGUCAGACCUUAGAAAACAUCAGAAAACUCACACAAUGGAGAAACCCUAUGAAUGUAACUAAUGUGGAAAAGCUUUCCUUUGCAAUUUAACUCUCCAAACUAAACUUACGAGGCAAUUCACACAGGAUAGUGUAAUGAAGCACAUUUUUGGCAAUGAGUCUCACCCUUUGAAACAGAAAACUCACAAAGGGGAGAAAUCCUAUAAGUGUAGUAAUGUGGGAAAAUUUUCAGAGGGUUGUCGGAUGUAAAAAGCCAAGGGGAGGAAAAACAACUUUUUCCACUGCUCUCUUAGGUUUAGUGGCUGAUGCCAUGCAAGUUGAAAGACAUUAACAGGAGAAAAAGAUCUAUUUCAUGUGAAUAUGGAGGGGCCUCACCCAAAUGAAAUGAAAACCCCAAAGAGGUGGUCAGACCUCCAGGCCUUCAUUCCAUUUUUAACAAAAGGGAAAUACAUUUGCAGAGAAGUGACUAGCCGGAGGAAAAGGGUUUUGAGCUUCCAGAGGUGGUAAAUUCUGAGAAGGUAAGUAUGUGGGGAACCAAUGGAAGAUAAGGAUUAUUUCAGUAAGAUUUGUUUGUGCAGAUAUUAGUUGGUGCCAUCUUCAAUGAUAGGAGUUGUCUCCUCUUUCUCAUAUUGGGAGAUGGGAUGGGGAAAACUUCACAAAGGGGGGAUUUAUGCCGUGCCUUUCGACAGAUGGGGGAGGGUGGAGUGAUUUUUCUGUGUCUACUGUUUUUCAGUUGCUUUCAGCUCAAGAUAAUCCUUAAGCCAAAGUGGCAUAUUUUGGGUUGCCAUAUUGCUUGCUUUCAUCACACACAGGAGAAACCUUAUAAAUGUGAUAGAUGUCGGGAAGAUUUUCACCAGAAGUGAAACCUCAAAACAUCAGAAAACUCACAGGGAAUUAAACAUGAAACAUAUGAAUGUAAUAAAUAUGAAAAUACUUUCAUCCAUACAUCAAAUCUUGCAUUAAAUCUGAUAGCUUACAGGUAAACAGCCUUGUAAAUGUCAGGGAUCUUGGAGUAUGUUCAGUGAGAAAUCAAAACUUUGAGAACAUCAGAGGGUUCACAGGGGAGAUACAUGAAGAUGAUGAAUGCAGGGAAACUUUCAGCCACAAGUCAGGGCUAAGAAAAGAUCGCAGAACUCAGAGAAAGAGCUGAAACUCUGUUAAGCUAAUGAAUGUGGAAGUUCCUCACUAAACAUAAGAGAAAUGUCUUAGUCUGUUCAGGCUGUUACAACAGGAAUACCAUAGACUGUGGCUUAAAUAACACAUUUCUCACAGUUCUGGAAACUGGAAAGUCCAAGAUCAGGGUACUGGCAGAUUCAGUGUCUGGUGUGGGUCAACUUCGUGGUUCAUAGAUGGCCGUCUUCUUGCUGUGUCCUCACAUGGAGUAAGGGAGCUCUUUGGAGGCUCUUUCAUAAGGGCACUAAUCCGUUCAUGGGAGACCUGCCCUCGUGACAUAAUCGCCUCCCAAAGGCCCCACCUCCAAAUACCAGCACAUUUGGGAUUAGGUUUCAACAUAUGCAUUUGGGGAAGACAUUCAGUCUUUAACAAGGGCUUACACUGGAAGGAAACCCUUGAAAUGUAUGUGGACAGUCUUUCAGCCACUAAGGAUAGGUUUAUUCCUUACUGGACACCAUAGAAUUUUCUGGGACAAGAAAGACUGCAAAGGUAAUGAAUAUAGGAAAUAUUCUGUAUGAACGCAACCCUAAGUAAACUCCCACUGGAGAAACAUUGAGAAAGUUGUGAAAAUGUGAAAGCUUUCUGUCAAAGAUUGAAUCUCAUUGAAUAGAGAAUUCACACAUAGUGAAGAAAAUCUAGAAUGUGAUUUGUGAUAACUUCAGCCAAAAGCCACUUUUCUCAGUACAGCAGAAAAUGCAUAGAGCAUUAGAGACCUCAUAGUGACCAGAUAGACCAGAUGAAAGAAAUCUUAAGGUAAUGGAUUUGGGAAAUCCUUCCAGAAGUCAACCCACAAAUACUGUGUUUGAGUAAUACAAUUUAAAAGAGACCCCUAUCUUACAUACUGCACAUUCUGCAGUAACUAUUUCCUUUGUCUCUAGGCGCACAAGUAGUCUAAAUUUCCCAGCCGCUUUCAUCCAAAUUAGGUAAAGUCACGAACUUCUAGGUAGUGGAAUUUGGGUGUUGGUGGUAAAACAAGUCCCACGGAAGACAUCUUCAUUCUCUAUGUUCUCUGCUGUCCCUUGUUGCUACACUGAAGAUGGAAGAGUACCACUGAAAGGAGUCAGGGUUCAAGAAUUACUGUGAAACAAUUUCCUUCUCUGUGACAGUGACUUGUAAGGAAGAAAAAAUCUUGUUCUCUGCUAAGCUGUUACAGGUUUGGGUCUACCUAUGAACUGACAUACUAGACAUCCCUCAGUUAACACAAGCUAUGAAUGUGACCUCUGAAAAGUGUCAAGCUGGUAUGUAUCAGAAAAGUCACAUGGGAGGAUCCUCUGACAACAUCCUGAAUGAUCAUUAGCUAUUGACCACAACUCUUCUUUAUUAUUAAUUACGUAAAUAACAGAAUUUGUCUGAUGUUUCCUUAUGAUUACAGUUAGGUUAUGAACUUUUUGUAGCAACACAAUAGAAGUGUUGAGGACUUCAUAAUACAUCAUACGAGGAAGCACAUGCUGUUAAUUGGUCCCAUUAAUAAUAUUAAAUUGGAUUAUUUGGCUAA